AUGUCUGACGAAUAUCAAGAUUCCCCAAAUAAUAACGACGCGUCAAAUCCAAAAGAUAAUGAAUCAUCAACAAAUAAUAAUGAACCAAAAGAAGAAAAAUCAGAAACAGGAACAACUCAUAUAAAUUUAAAAGUAAGUGAUGGAUCAGCAGAAAUUUUUUUUAAAAUUAAAAGAAAUACUCCAAUGAAAAGAUUAAUGGAAGCAUUUUGUAAAAGACAAGGAAAAGAUUUAAAUAGUUUAAGAUUUUUAAUUGAUGGUGUUAGAGUUGAACCAAAUAAUACUCCUGAUGACUUAGAUUUAGAAGAUGGUGAUACUAUUGAAGCUCAUAGAUCACAAGUUGGUGGUGGUAAUUAA